CGCGACGCCAUUUCUGGGGCGGUUGCAGGGCAGCGCAUGAGCACAGUAUCAUCGUCGUGCCGCUCAUUGCACGCGCUCGGCUGCGCAGGUGCUGUGCACACGCGCUGCCAAGAACCGGCCCCGGGGGUUUCCGUUGCGGACCAAAGCUGUGUGGAUCGGCAAGAGGCUCUUUCAACGGUAUCCUCAGGUUGCGCAGCGAACACCUACCUUUCCUAGGAGACAUUACAUUAAACCUCUUACUCGUGGCGUCUGACUGCGCAACAGGCACCCCCCUCCCCCCCCAAAGGCAGAAACACAACACUUGAACUCUAUAGUGACGCAUAUCUACGCAUGGCAGAACGUCGAAGACUCUCCUAUUCCUAAAAAAAAAAGAAAACUCCUAAAAAAAGCAAGAGCGCCUCAUUCGUCUUCAAUUCUAACUACUCUACCGCUGUACAGUCUGAAGUAACGAAAUCAACGUCAUAUGUCCAGAGUGAUCGGUGGAAACCGUGGCUAAGGCCUGACCAUGCCGGAAGCAGAGGUUGAAGAGAGUCAGGAGGACGACGAUGCAAAGAAAAAGAAAGGCAAAAAGAAAGGCAGCAAAGGAAAAGGAAAAAAAGGUGGCAAGUCGAAGAAAGGAAGCAAGGGAAAAGGCAAGAAGGGAGGCAAGGGGAAGAAAGGUAGUAAAGGCAAAGGGAAGAAAGACAAAAAAGGAAAGAAAGGAAGCAAGGGUAAAGGUAAAAAGGGCAGCAAGAAAGGGAAAAAAGGAGGAAAAGGCAAGAAAGGGAAAAAGGGAAAGAAGAAAGCUGCAGCUGAAGAAACUCCACCUCCAGCAGAAGAGAGUAAACCAGAACCAAAAGCUAGAGCCGCGCAGCCAUCUCCAGCAGCAUCACCAGCUCCUGCACCUCCUGCAGCUGCGUCGCCUGCUCCUGUGGCAACAGCAGGGGCACCCCCACAAAAAUUCACAGCAGCACCAGGUUCUCCGGCAGGUGCUCGGCCUAGGGCUGCUGCUCCGCAAGGCAUGCAACCUAUGGCUCGACGCAUGGGAUACCCAAUGGGAUACCCAGUGAUGUCUAUGUAUCCACAAAGCAUGGGGCAAGGCAUGGGGCAAGGCAUGGGGCAAGGCAUGGCGCAAGGCAUGGCGCAAGGCAUGGGGCAAGGCAUGGGGCAAGGCAUGGGGCAAGGCAUGGGGCAAGGCAUGGGGCAAGCCAUGGGGCAAGCCUUAGGCUUCCAACCGCAAAUGGUGGCGCCUUAUGGAACAGGCCCGGACAUCACUGAUUUCACCAGGGGAUAUGGAACAGAAGACACGUCAUCAGCCACGACCUUCGGGGCCAAGCGACCAGGCGUGGUAGUUGACGUCAAGUAUCGGCGCAGGCCCACAUUCGAGACCCCUUCCUAUACGUCGCUUGAAACAAGUGCUGCGCCGGAACAGCGCUACAGACAAGGAACGUACCCGUCGGGUGCGGGCUACUAUAGCGACACUGAAAGUACGACGACCUACUACGAUGUGACUUCGGCCGACGAAAGUAUUUCAGCCACAGUGAUUAGUGAAAUCGGAGGAAGGCCGCCAGUUGUGUCAAGUGACUUCUUAUAUGGAGCGCCUGGCAUGAACCAGAUACAGCAGUUUGUUCAAAGCCUAGCGAACACAAAGUAUCCCGACCUUCCUCCGACGAUACAGAUCAACAUGCAACCACCAGCAGAGCCGGUAUACCAGGAGCCUCCGAAACCAAUCAUUAUUCACCACCAGCAGCUUUCACAACCGCCACAGGAAGAACCACGUCAGAUACGAUCAGAAGCUGAAGACCUCAGCGCGUCAAAGUCAUCUCGGCGAAAGCGACUUAAGCGCAGAAAGUACCAACAACGUCGGCGAAGAUCAAGGCUCACGGCUGAUGCGGAGGCCCCAAAACCCAUCAUAAUACAUACCCAAACACAGCCACCACCCUUUUCACCACCGCGAGAUAUGUCACCAUUUAUGGUCAGCCCAAUGCAGCAAAUGCUGGCACAGGGAUCUGAGACGCCCGACAUGAUACAACAACGUUUGGCAGCUCAGCAAGGAGAACUGCAGAUGCUCAGGGCGAACCAACAAGCGCUGGAGGGAGAGCUCCAGCGGCAGCAGUUUCUGGACCAAUCACAAUUUCGGCAGCAACAGACGCCUCCGUAUCCUCAGCAGCCAAUGGCAAGCCAGAUGCCGUAUGAAGAUCCAUUGUCGCCGUCUGAUGAACGGUACAAGCUGCAAGUACAAAUCCAUAUGACUGACAAGGACGAGCAACAACCACAGGCAACGCAGCAGCCUCAGCAACAACUCCCUCGGCCGCAGCAGUACACCUUUCAACCUCCACAACAAAGUCCGCCACGACAAUUCCCGCAGGAGCAACCGCAGCAGGUUCAACAGAGUCCCUCACAGCCCCGCCUUGUAGAACGAGAGAUAUUUGUUGUAGAACCGCCGCGCGAUGAAGACUCACGUAUCCAGAUCCGCCGUCGAAAACGUUCACCGAGGGCAGUAUCUGGCACUUCAAUAGAAUCACGAGAUUAUGGCCAGCGGCAAAAGGACGUUUUGCGCCAGUUGGAGUCAAACCAACUGCAGCAACUUCUACAGCAGCCCCUGUCGCAACAGUCCAGUUUGCAGCAGCAGCUCGACCAGCAACGGCUUCUGCUUCAGUUGCAACAGCAGCAGCUUCAACAGCAACAAUUACUCCUUCAGAAGGCGCAGCUUCAACCAGAAAUGCAGAUAGGUGAUCUGAUGGGUUUGCAACAGCCCCAAGAUCUCAUGUUACAACAAAAUCAGGCGCUAACGCCUGAGCAGCGGAUGGUCCUCCAGCAGUUACAGUUACCACCAUCUGAACUACAGUUGUUACAACAGAACAUCGAGCUUUCACCAUCGCACCGAUACCUCCUUGAGAAACACUUGGAUAAGCUAAUGCAGGUGCUUCCCCAAGCGCAGCGGCAACUACUACAACUUCUUUUACCGGAUUACCAGCGUGGGACUCAGCUGCCUUCGUACGUACCGCAUGAGCCGCCUCUGGUUCCACCACAAAGCCCCAUGGUCUUCCAAAAUGCAAUGCCAGAACCACAGAACCCUCUGGUCAUAACGCAUGAAACAUCAUCGUUACUGGACUUGGGAAAUCCCAUCGUUGUUCGCCAAAAGACCCAAGCUACCGUAGAUGCUUCCCAACCUAUUAUCAUUAGUCAUAAAGCCCAGGCGGCAGAUCAGGGAUUGGCAUCCACCGCCCGUGUUCAACGACGGCGUGGUAGUCGAGAAAAAGCACGCCGAAAGAGUCGUGGCCGCGGGCGAUCAAGCCCGGUCGAUUACUCCCAAAGUGAAAGCCCCUCUAGCAGCAACCCAUGCCUAAGCCCGCGAAGCAGUUCAAGUAGCGGGAACAGGCGGCGUUCUUCAAAGCCAGGGCCGGCAUCUCCGCCACCUCCGGUGGUCAUUCAUCACCAGCCCUCAGGAGUUCCUCCCGAACAAUCUCCACCGCCUCCCGUGGUCAUCCACCACCAGGCUCCGAAUGACGCCUUUAUGCAGCCACCUGUAAUAAUACACACUCAAACUCAGCUGCAGUCUCCUGAGUCACCUUUACCGUAUCAGUCUUCGAAGCCUAUUUACCGCCAGAUGCAGUCACCUGAACCAGAUUACAGAAUGAUGCAGCAACCGAGAAGGUUCCAGUCUAUGCCGUCACCACCAUUCAUGUGUUCUCCCGCUCCCCCUUACAUGCCGAUGGAUUCGCCAUCAAUGAUGAUGGGUGCGCAGCCAAAUUCAUUCAUGGUGCCUCGGAUGAUGCCAAAUGUGAUGCAAAACAUGAUGAUGCCAAUGAUGCCUCCGGCCUACUCUCAAGUCGCGUCUCCCAUGAUGCCGCCCAUAAUGACCUCAUCAUUGAUGCAACCACCACUGCCGAGACAACAGCCUCAAGUCUCAACUUCUGAGAAUGUGUUAUAUCAAACAGAAAGGGGGCGCCGCUACGACAGAAGUGAUAAUGAACGACGCGAAAGAUACAAGUCGAGGGACAGGCGUUCCAGAAGAUACGACGACAUGUCAAGUUCUUCAUCGUCUACGGCGGAAUCUGCGAUAGAUUCACCGGUAUAUCAACAGUCGCCACAGGACCCACUGCUCUCUCCAGUCCAGGGCGGAGGCGCAGGAAACGUGGGAUAUGGUAACGUCCAAGGUCAAUUCCUCGCGCAGACAGGAGACAGCCAGCAGGACUUGAGCUCCAUUGAGAGGGCCAUAAGGAAGCUUUACAUGCAUCGAUACCCCAGUGACAUGGCGAGACCAUCAUUAUUUCCGGAGAGGUCAUUGAUAUUGAUAUUGGGAACCAUAUUCAUCUUCGCGGCAAUGGUAGUUGUGCUGGCCAUCAUAGGGUCCUCGUUUCCAUCCCUUUUGAAACCAGAGUCCCAUUUGCUCACUCCUGUUCUACCAACAGUCGGUCCUGGCCGAAAUAUGACGAAGAAAUAAGCAAGAGAGAAAAGAGUUCUUAUUUUUUUUAACGUGUGCGUGUACUGCCACCACAGGAAGGCAGCUUAUACUGUCGUGACGCUAUCCAUUCCAUAAAAUUCAAUGCCAGUUCGA